CUUCGUGGGCACUUACCUCGUUGACGGCGAUGAGUCCAGCUGUGCUGCAGCUGCUACCAAUUGAACUUUACCAGCGGGGCAGUCAAGGGCAAAUCGAUGAUUGUGCAAGCCUCUAACACAAACUACGAUUCCCCGAAUGCCUUUACACGGUAUACCUGGCGGGAACACGAGCUACGCUGGAGCAUGUGGUAUUGAAUAUGAUGUCUCAGAUACUGUGUUCGGCGCGAAAAAUGUGGGCGUAUCAAAUCGCACCGCCUUCCCGCAGCACUGAAGCCUGGCUGUCAGUGGCGGUUCGACUGGUUCAACGAUGUCGAGGAGGGGCCAAAAUGAUGUCGAGUAUAAGCGCGUGACGUGCCCGAAGGUCCUGACAGAUAUCACCAAAUGCAAACGGGAAGAUGACGACAAAGUCGAAGUAGAUGCGAUCAACGCCAGAUCACCAUCUGCGGCUUCGAAAUUGCCAACUAUGGUUCCUACAGCUAUCUCUGCGCUAUUUAUGUGGUACAAACGCUCGGCUGACUGA